CUUUUUUAUUGGGCUAUGCGCUAGUUCCAGCCCAGAACGGAGCAACUGAGGUCUCGGGCAAAAAUAACAUCCUACGGUCUCCGCAGUCAGCUCGCCCCUCUUCCGAUUUCUCCUCCGACAUUGUCUGCGUACAAUCGUUGCUUUCCAUUCUAAACUUGAACGUUAAAAGAAUCAUUUCUAAAUCAGGGCGACGGUUUCAAUUUUCCAGUCAGGGGUUUGAGGUUUGUUGGCAGAACUGGUACUGUACAAUAGAUAGUAUCACGAAGAAACUCGUGGAGAUGGGGAAGACGCAGCCAGAAUUGCUACUAUACAACACUAUUACAAAGCAGAAGGAAGUGUUCAAGCCGAAGGAAGCUGGUAAGGCCGGAAUGUAUGUCUGCGGCGUCACAACCUACGAUUUCAGUCACAUUGGUCAUGCUCGUGCCUAUGUAGCUUUCGACAUUCUUUACAGAUAUCUAAAAUACUUGGGAUAUGAGGUUCUUUACGUGCGUAAUUUUACUGAUGUUGAUGACAAGAUUAUUAAGAGAGCGAAUGAACUUGGGGAGGACCCAGUAGGUUUGAGUGGUCGGUUUUGCCAAGAAUUUCUUAAUGACAUGGUUGAUCUCAACUGCCUCAUGCCCACCCAUCAGCCACGUGUUACAGAGCAUAUGGAUCAAAUAAAGGAAAUGAUAGGACAGAUAAUAAACAAUGGCUGUGCUUACCCAGUUGAUGGUGAUGUGUAUUUCUCUGUUGAUAGUUUUCCAGAGUAUGGUAAAUUAUCUGGACGGAAACUAGAAGAUAACCGAGCUGGUGAACGAGUUGCUGUUGAUUCUAGGAAGAGAAAUCCAGCUGACUUUGCCUUGUGGAAGGCAGCGAAGCCUGGUGAACCAAGUUGGGAAAGCCCAUGGGGUCUUGGAAGGCCAGGGUGGCAUAUAGAGUGCAGUGCUAUGAGUUCUCAUUAUUUGACUCACUCAUUUGAUAUUCAUGGUGGUGGUAUGGAUUUGAUAUUUCCUCAUCAUGAAAAUGAGAUUGCUCAAAGCUGUGCUGCUUGCCCUGACAGUAAAGUGAAUUAUUGGAUGCACAAUGGAUUUGUUACUGCGAACGAUGAAAAAAUGUCAAAAUCAGUCGGAAAUUUCUUCACAAUCCGUGAGGUUACCAAGCUUUACCAUCCCCUUGCAUUGAGAUAUUUCCUGAUGGGGACACACUACCGUUCUCCUGUCAAUUAUGCGAUUUCACAGAUAGAAAUUGGUUCAGAUUCUGUGUUCUAUAUAUACCAGACCUUACAAGAUUGUAAAGAAGCCACUUCAAAGAUGCAAAAUUGUGUUGAUACAAGCAGCGGUAAUAAAGCAGGUCGUCGUCGUUCAUCUGAUGCAAAAAAGUGCAUAGAAAAUCUGCGUAAUGAGUUUGAGUCAAGACUCUCUGAUGAUUUACACACACCUUCUAUAUUAAAUGCUGCUCUUCAAGGAGUCCUGAGAGUCAUGAAUAGGAACACGCUGAAGAAGCAGUUGAAGCAACAGGAACAACAACUUUUGUAUGAUGAUAUUAUGGACAUGGAGAAAGAAGUGAGGGCAGUGUUGGAUGUUCUGGGAUUGCUAUCCAGUUUAAGCUAUUGUGAGGUAUUGCAGCAAUUAAAAGAAAAAGCACUGAAAAGAGCAGAAUUGACGGAGGAAGAUAUUCUGAAGUCAAUUGGUGAUAGAGCAAAAGCAAGGGAAGAGAGGGACUACAGUAAAAGCGAUCAGAUAAGGAAAGAUUUGGCCUUAAAGGGCAUUGAGUUAAUGGAUGUUGGUAAUAAUGAAACAAUUUGGAGGCCUUGCGCACGACAAAAUCAAGAAGAAAGCAGUGCACAACCUGCUGCUACAAUACCUCCACGAGAGAAAGCAAGUGUGCAGCCUCAACAAGAUUAGGCAGGCCCUCACCAAAAGCAGAUGACAACACCCUUUUUGGUAUUGUUGUGAUGUGAUCAUUGUUUUGAAUGAAUGGUUUAAUAGAUAAUUUAUGACUAGAUACCAUAUAUAUUAUAUAUACCCUGUCAUUUGAUAUGAGGUUUUGACUUUUUUUGAGGAGGUUAAAUGUAUGGCUAAGACAAAUAUAAAAGGAAUUUGAACUUGUAGAAACUGAAGAAAAUCAAAGGGCUUUAGUUUUAC